AUGUCUGCGUCUCAACUUAAAUCAUCAAAUUUAUUCAAACCUUUCUCAAUAUCCAAAAAUGUGACUUUGAAUCAUAGAAUUGUUCAUGCUCCAACUACAAGACUUAGAGCCACAGAAGAUUAUGUUCCAUCAGACUUGCAAUUGCAAUAUUAUGAUGACAGAUCUAAAAUCCCCGGCACUUUACUCAUUACUGAAGCUACUUAUAUUUCUGCAGAUUCAAUUGGAAUUCCUCAUGUUCCAGGUAUUUGGUCAGAUCAACAGGUUCAAGCAUGGAAAAAAAUCGCUGAUAAAGUCCAUGAGAAUCACUCUUAUCUAUCUAUUCAAAUUUGGGCUUUAGGUAGAGAAGCAGAUCCUGCUGUGUUAGCCUCAAAAAAUGUCAAAUACGUUUCUCCAAUGGAUGAUAUUUAUCCCGAUGAUAUCAAAAAAAAUUCUGCCAUUGAGAAUAAUAACCCCUUAAAAGCAUUAACAAUACCUGAAAUUAAACAAUGGGUUCAAAAAUUUGUCCAAGCUGCUGAAAAUGCUGUCAAAGCCGGCAUAGAUAUUAUUGAACUUCAUUCUGCUCAUGGUUUUCUUAUUGAUCAGUUUUUUCAAGAAAUUACUAACAAAAGAAGUGACAUUUAUGGAGGUUCCAUUGAAAAUAGAGCUAGAUUUUUGCUUGAAAUUGUCGAUGCAGUUAUUGAAAAAAUUGGUGAUGCAAGUAAACUCGCACUUAGAUUAGCUCCUUGGGCUAAGACCAGUGGCAUGAAUGGAAUCACAGAUGAUUCAGCAACUUAUCAAGCAUAUGUCUAUGUUUUAUCUGAAUUGCAAAAGAGAUCUGAUAAUGGCCAUACUCUUGCUUACAUUUCAAUUGUUGAACCAAGAGUUAGUGGUCUCGAUGAUGUUGAUGAUCCAGAUAUUUACAAACUUAAAUCAAACGAUUUUAUAUACACCCACUGGAAGGGUACAGUUCUCAGGGCAGGUGGUUAUCUUAGAGAUGCCCCUGAUUAUGGUUGGUUGCUUAAACAUGUUAAUCAAGAUAAUAGAACUUUAAUUGGAGUUGGAAGACACUUUCUCUCUAAUCCAGAUUUAGUUGAUAGAUUAAAAAAUGGCUGGGAGUUAACCGAUUAUGAUAGAUCUACUUUUUAUAUUCCUGCGAUAAACAAGGGCUACAACAAUUGGCCUUUAUAUAACACAACAAAAAUAGUUGAUGAGUCUGUUGAAAAUCAAAUUGCAGUUGCUCUUGCUUGA